CAUUGGCUCAGAGAGCGACCAAUCAGUGUCAGCAGAGGAACUUGUGAGAGGAGCAGCACAGUUUGGAUAUCAGAGUUGAGAGAGCGAUUUUGGCACAAAGAGGACACUCUGUCUGUUUCUCAGAGACUAUCUCGAACUUCUUUUCUUCGUAUACAUGUCUGUGCGCUUUAACUCUCAGCUGAGGAUCAAGAAGUCGCACUAGAGGCAGCGGGGAUGUACACGGCCGGGCUCAACCCGUUUUACGCAUCAAACUUCAGCCUGUGGUCUGCGUACUGCGCGGGGGGCUUCGCUGUGGACUCCGUGAAGAAACCGUCGUUUUGCAUCGCGGACAUUUUGCAAGCUGGAGAUGCGGAGAACAUCCCGGGAUCCUCUGCUCUCAUGGUGCACAUGGGACACCACCACAACCACCACCCUCACCGGCAGCAGCAGCAGGGUCACUCCGGCAGCUCUCCUCUGCGCCCAAAUCCAGUCGCUCCAGAGGCGUCAGCUUACGGCGCGAGGGGGAAUCCGGCUUCCCCUUACCACAGACAUGGACUACAGCUGACAUCAGUGUCCAGGACUGCUUUUAACUCCCAGCAGGGACCCCCGCCUUCCAGCAAAGACCUCAAAUUUGGAAUUGAUCGGAUAUUGUCGACGGAUUUUGACGCAAAAGGCAAAGAAAAGUCGUCCUUAAGAGAUCUCACAUCCAUCGUUAGCUCGAACCGUCAGUCAGGCCUCCACCUCCCCGUUCAGCCUCCGUCCAGCCAGUACUUCUCCUCCAUGGAGGCCGCCGGGAUGAGCGACGCGUCCUCCAUGCUGAGCUCUCUAAGCGGCGGCUGCAGCGGCAGGCAAACAGGCCAGCAUCAGUUUCAGGACUCCUUCCCAGGUCCAUACGCCGUCCUCACCAAAGACACCAUGCCGCAGACGUACAAGAGGAAGAGGUCGUGGUCCAGGGCUGUGUUUUCAAACCUGCAGAGAAAAGGAUUAGAGAAGAGGUUUGAGAUUCAGAAGUAUGUCACCAAGCCGGAUAGAAAACAGCUGGCUGCCAUGCUCGGGCUCACAGACGCUCAGGUAAAGGUGUGGUUUCAGAACAGACGCAUGAAGUGGAGACACUCCAAAGAGGCUCAGGCCCAAAAGGACAAAGACAAGGAGCAGACCGACAAAAGCGCCUCCGAGCCCGGCAGCAGGGAGCCCCAGGAGCCCACCGAGUCCGAGUGCGAGUGUGAGAGCGAGGGCAGGAGCGAGUGCGAGUCGGACGAGGCCGCGGAGGACAACUCAGACGGACACUUGGACGUUUCCGAGCUCAAUAAAACCAGCGUGAUCAUGAGCGGGAGUGCACCGGGGAGCAGCGCGGAGGGAGCAGCCACAGUCACAGACACAGCGGCCUCUCAGAUACUCAUAUGAAGGACGAUUUAUUUCAUGAACUUUGGGGUUGAAUAUUUUGAUAGUGAGACUGCAGUGAUGCUAUAAAGCAUCUGUGGCAGCAGUGACAUUUCGAGAACACAAAUAUUUGCAACGCAAACUCAGGCCUGUUUUAAAUCUUUGGAAAACAAGCAAUUUGAUCCCUACGCCACAUUAUUAUGAAAAAUAGUCCCUGUUAGUAUUCGUUUUUUUUUCAUCACAAUUCAACACAGUCUCUGUUGAAAUAAAACACAGAAAGCCCUUUAAGUUUAAAAACAGGAUUUCCCGCCAGCUCACAAGUCUCCUGACGUUCUUUUCCCGUUGCGUGUCCUCGCGUGCGUCACGUUCUUCUCAUCUGAAGGAAAUGCGGUUGUGAAUUUUAUUUUGAAGGUUAUGAACCACUCGAUUUAUGUGUCAAUGUAUUUCAUAUUUGACAGGAUAUAUAAUUGUGGUAUUUUGUUAAUAAAAAUUUGCACUGAAAAUAUUGUAAAUAAAAAGUUUCUUUCUUAAAAAUA